CAGUUCGUUUUUUGAAAUUUUGACAUGAAGAAGCUCUUUGGUUUAUUUGGGGUUUUUCUCUGCAUUGAGUUAUGCACUGGAGCUCUGGGAAGACCCGAAGACUUUACAGGGGACACCUCAGACAUGGGAGAAGACAGUGUAAGGUCUUGUGGUUAUAAUAUGGAAUGUGUUCCAGCUGAAUUGUGUGAAAAUGGAUCAAUCGUCAGGGACGGAAGAACAAUUAUCAAUGCGCGAUCGGGGUUUUCUUCCGCGACAAAUUACAAUAACGGUUGCAAAUGGACAGAAGCAUGUUGCCUUAACACUGAGAAGAAGUCGAGACCAACAAUAAAUUAUGUCUCUCGGGGAUGUGGCUACAGCAAUCCCAAGGGAGUGGAAGUGACCCUACAAAAUACUGACAACGGUGAAUCACAAUUUGGUGAAUUCCCCUGGAUGGUAAGCGUCUGGGAGAAAGAUACCGUCCAGGGAGGUGGCACCUUGUUGGCCCCUAAUGUGGUGCUUACUAUAGCCCACAAAAUCAUUAACAGUUCGGCCGAGAACCUUAUGGUGCGGGCUGGCGAAUGGGAUACCCUCAUCACGGCUGAGCCAUAUGCCCAUGAAGAUCGCGGUGUGGCCACGAAAAUUGUGCAUCCCGAUUUUGAUGGGGUUGUGCUAUUGAACGAUGCCGCUCUACUCAUCUUGAAGACUCCCUUUAAGCUGGCACCGCACAUCGACACCAUUUGCUUACCCGGAAUACUCGAUAAUUUCAAUCAACGCCGCUGCAUUGUCACAGGUUGGGGCAAAAAGAAUCUUGAUGACCCAGACUAUCCCCAUCUUCUGAAGAAGAUUGAUGUGCCAAUCGUGGACAGGACUAAAUGCCAGCGACAAUUGCGACGAACUCGCCUAGGACGAUACUUUGAGCUGCACAGCAGCUUCGUCUGCGCUGGCGGCGAGUUGAACAAAGAUGCCUGCUUUGGAGACGGUGGCUCCCCGCUCGUGUGUCCCUCUCUUGAUGAUCCCGAUCGAUACACGCUGGCAGGCAUCGUCGCCUGGGGCCUUGACUGUGGCUAUGAGAAUGUGCCCGGCGUCUAUGUGAAUGUGCAGAUGCUGCGUCCCUGGAUUGAAGCACAACUCCAGAACUAUCACGUUUCUUCCUGUAGCUAUAACCCAUAAGUAACGAUUAACCAGUUUAAAAUGUAAUUAAAUUGCUUGCACACUGUAUCGUUUUGUUAUGUGGACAUUUGCGAAUUUCCAAGCGAAGGUCAACCCAUUUUUAUUUGCAAUUGCAUA